UGCGCGUCCUGAACUAAACCGCUCCAGCUAACCCGGAACUUUUCGGUCAAGUAUUCAUCCUCUAUGAAGUGGUUUUCUUCGGCUCAGAUGUUUUUAUAAAGUUAGACAACUUGCGGGACUCGUGUCUCCCCCCCUGGAGGGAAUAAGCCCAGCUGCAGAUGUUCGAGGCUCCGACCGCAGCGGUUCCUGCAGGACAGUAGUGUCGACUUGUCUUUUCUUCCAGAGCUAAAAGAAAGGUGGAGUCAAGAGGGGCCAACAUGCCGCAGCAGAAGGAUAUAGUGAAGAUAGCCAUCCAGAUGCCUGGGGCCUAUCCCCAGCUCAUACAACUGGACCAGAAAAAGCCCCUGUCAGCCGUUAUCAAGGAGGUGUGUGAUGGCUGGAAUCUCCCAGGUCCCGACAACUACGCCCUGCAGUAUGCUGACGGGGUGCAGAUGUACAUCACUGAAUCGAACCGUCUGGACAUCAAGAAUGGCUGCAUCCUGCGCCUCACCAAGGCACCGGGUCGGUGUGCCGAGGACUUGUACAAGGGUAUCCAGAGCUCAGAUUCAGGCGUGCGCUGCGAUUCGCUGAAGGAAUUAGCCGGCGUCUCCACGGAUGUGACCUUUGCUCAGGAGUUCAUCAGCAGGGACGGACACCUAUUAUUGGUCAAAAUAGUGGAAGACUCAAACGAGAGUAAUGUGAUCAUGACGCACACGCUGACCGCUUUCAGGGAGCUCAUGGAUCAUGGGAUAGUCUCCUGGGAGAAUCUCUCCUCUGUUUUCAUCAAAAAGAUCGCCAGCUUUGUCAACAACAAGCCGACCGAUGCAUCGAUACAGCAGGUGUCCUUGGACAUCCUGGAGAGCAUGGUGCUGAGCAGCCACGGUCUUUUUCUGCAGAUCAAACACGAAAUCACCAUGGAAAGGCUGAUCGAUCACCUACAGGUAACAAAUCAGCAGAUACAGACCAAAGCCAUGGCCCUCCUGAUGGCUCUUCUACAAACGGCCGGAGACUCGGACCGAAAGGAGAUGUUUGCUUUUCUGAACAAGAAGAAUCUUCGUCAGUACAUCUACAAGAACAUCAUCCACAGUUCUGGUUCGGUCCAGGACGAGAUGGCCCACUACCUCUAUGUCCUACAGUCGGUCACCCUAAAUCACCUGGAGCCUCGCAUGAGGUCGCCUCUGGACUGUUACAGCCAGGAACAGAGAGACGUACUUCAUAACUUGCGGCAGACUGCUUUCGAAACAGAAAGCGAGAACAGUCUGAGUCAUGAGAGGCGACGUUCUCUUUGCGCCAAAGAAUUUAAGAAACUGGGCUUUUCUAACAACAGUAAUCCCGGUCAGGACUUGGUGCGAACUCCUCCUGGCCUUCUAGCUUUGGACACCAUGAAUUAUUUUGCUUCACGUUAUUCUGAUGCCUACAGCAGGUUUGUCCUGGAGAACAGCAGCCGGGAGGACAAGCACGAGUGUCCGUUUGCCAGGAGCAGCAUCCAGCUCACGCUCAUCCUCUGUGAAAUCCUUCGUAUUGGAGAACCACCGUCGGAAACAGGAUCCGAUUACCACCCCAUCUUCUUCAAUCAGGACCGGCUGAUGGAGGAGCUCUUCUGCGUCUGUAUUCAGCUGCUCAACAAGACCUGGAAGGAGAUGAGAGCUACGCAGGAGGACUUUGAUAAGGUGAUGCAGGUGGUCAGGGAGCAGAUCACCAGGACGCUCUCCAGCAAGCCCACUUCCCUGGAGCUCUUCAAGAACAAAGUCAACGCUCUCAACUACAGCGAGAUCCUGAAGCUGCGGCAGACGGAGCGGCUGCACCAGGAGGAGACGCUGGCUCCACCUGUACUCGAGCUUAAAGAGCGGCUGAAGCCAGAGCUGCUGGAGUUGAUCCGGCAGCAGAGACUCAACAGGCUCUGUCAGGGAACCAUGUUCAGGAAGAUCAGCAGCCGACGCAGACAGGAUAAGCUGUGGUUUUGUCGCUUGUCACCCAAUCACAAAAUGCUUCACUACGGCGACGUAGAGGAAGAUGCGGAGAAUCCAACCAUAGAAACGCUGCAAGAGAAGAUUCCAGUUGCAGACAUCAAAGGCUUGCUGACGGGGAAAGACUGCCCUCACAUGAAGGAGAACAAAGGCAAACAGAACAAGGAGGUGCUGGAUCUGGCUUUUAGCAUCUCGUACGACGUAGAGGAAUACAGCCUGAACUUCAUCGCCCCCUCCAGGACUGAUUUCUGCCUGUGGACAGAUGGACUGAGCGUCCUGCUGGGCCGGGAGAUGAGUAGUGAAUCCAUGCGCAGCGAGCUGGAGAUCCUCCUGUCCAUGGAGAUCAAACUCCGCCUGCUGGACCUGGAGAAUGUGCCCAUCCCUGACAGCGCCCCCGUCGUCCCCAAACCUCCCAGCAACUACAACUUCUGCUACGACUUCAGCCAAACGGAGCAGUAAUGCACGUGGACAGGCUGAAGCUUCAGGACGUGUGAAUGUGUAAAUAGGUGUAUGUCUGAAAUGAAAUGAAGUGUGUGUGUGUGUGUGUGGCAUGGAUGUGUGGUGAGAUCUAAAAUGUGCAAAGAUGCACUUUUUUUCUGUAACACAGAUUUAUAACUUUUUAUGUUAGUUUCUCUGAUGGACUGGUCCUUUAGUUUCAAGUUGAACAACAGAAGGGGCAAAAAAAACAUGAAAAAACUACAUCUGGAGUUGUGGGUGGAACUGUGGCUGCAGAUGGAUUCAUCGGUACGAAUGCUGCAGACGGACUCUCGAUGGUACGAAUGCUGCAGACGGACUCAUCGGUACGAAUGCUGCAGACGGACUCUCGAUGGUACGGAUGCUGCAGACGGACUCAUCGGUACGGAUGCUGCAGACGGACUCAUCGGUACGGAUGCUGCAGAUCGGUACUCUUCUGUGAUAUUCUGUUCUUCAGCUUUCAGCCUCUCCUCUUCUUACUGCACUGAUUUCAAAUAACAGGUACUUCAAAUAUUUUUUACGUACAUAAUGUAACCACUUGGUAAUGGUACUUUGAAUUUGUUUUAUAAUCAUUUUAUAAUUUCAAACGUAUUUGAAGUUUUUAUUUGCAAAGAAUACGCCCGUGUGUGGUCUGAGACUUGAGGAUGCUCCCGUCUGUCAUCCCAUUUAUAUUAUACUGGGCAUUAAUUUAAACAAACUGCUUCCUCACAACAUGGUACAGGGAAUCUAUUUAUAACAUCUGAAAGAAAAGCAGCAUUUUUCUGUGUCUUUUUGGCCUAAUGUUCCAGACUGCAGCAGAGACGGUAGAUUAACUGUGUUGUACUUGCAGUUGACAUCAGUUUUUUUUUUUUUUCUAUUUUUAAACAGGUCUUUGCCACAAUCUGAUUAUUGUCACAUGUUUUAUAUAAUUUCUGUAAAUCUAUAUGAUACCCUAUGCAAUUUGUCUUGGAUCAAAUCCUGGUUUUAACUCUAAACGGAUGCUUUUUUUGUACCUGGUACUUCUUGUAAUGUGACAGAGGUGAACGGUUCAGCCCCGGUGUGCUGCACUCACCGAGCUUUCACCUGUAACACUCGAAGCAGCUUCCCAUGAACUAACAAAGGUCUGCAGUUAGGUUGUUUAGAGCGUUUUCUGUGUUUCCUGGGGGCAUUUGGUUAUUUCAGUUCAGCACAGUCACAGCGGUCGUCACGCAGACCUGAAGCACAAACCUCUGUGGGGAUAUUCACUCCGAGUCAUGGUCUCUGCGUGACUUCACACAAAUAAACAGUUUGAUUUAUAAGGACACAAACCACACAAGUGCUUGUUUUUCUUUCGGGAUCGGAUUCAGAUUG